CCAUACACUCACACAGUCAAGAAGCUAAGCACAACUUGAGCUAGCACACAGCUACUCCACCAGCCCACUCACGAACUAGAGCGAGCAAUGGCAGCAUCCAGGACGAGCAGCGUGGCCGUAGCAGUGGUGGCGGCCGUGGCCGUGCUCCUGUGCGCGGGCGUGCGGCCGGCGGAGGCUUGCAACGGCCACCCGUGCCCGUCGCCGGCGGGCAAUUGCCCCCUGAACGCGGUGAAGCUGGCGGUGUGCGCGGACGUACUGGACGGGCUGAUCCACGUGGUGCUGGGGCAGUCGCCGCCCAAGCAGCCGUGCUGCUCCCUCAUCUCCGGCCUGGUCGACCUGGACGCCGCGGCCUGCGUCUGCCUCGCCAUCAACGCCAACGUCCUCGGCAUCAACCUCGACGUCGACGUCGACCUCACGCUGCUGCUCAACUACUGCGGCUGCAAGGUGCCCAAGGGCUUCCGCUGCGCCUGAUCCAUCGAUCGGGUAUCAGACGUAGCGCGUGCAUGCGUGUGCAUGGUCAUGUACGUAGUACGUGUCAGGUCGUGUCUAGGGUGUGUUUGGGUGUCGUGUGCUCCUACCUAGUGCGUACCACGUCAGUAUCAGGUUGUGUGCUCGUAACGUGUGAAUUCCCAGCUUGUGUGCGUUGUGGCAAAAGCGGCAUUUUUCUCCAAUAAAAAGAGCACUGUAUGUUGUCCUGUUUA